AUGGCAAACAAAGUUAAGGAAGAAGUAGAGGAGGAAUUAGAGAGUGGAGGUACUGCUGAAGAUAGAGGUGUAUACGUCUUUGACAAAAUUGCAGCUUAUUCUGCAACGAUGCAUCCCGGCUUUGAAGAUCUUCAAACUUUGAAGACAAUUCCUGGCUUAGAUCAAACAAAGACAGAUCUUAUAAAAAGAGCACUCGCAGAUGCUGUGAGGUUGAUGGAUGAAUAUAGAAGUGAGAACCCUUCAUAUUUUAGAAACAUGAAUACUCAGAAAUAA